AUGUUAGGAGCACUUAAUAGCAAAUUCUUGAAAUUUCGAAACAUUUAUCAGAACAUGCAAAUUAGAAAGCAAACAGUGGACUUGUUCAUAAAUGGUACACCUGUCACAGUUCCUUCGUACUUCACUAUAGGACAGGCUUUGAAAAGAGAAAAAGUGGUGGUACCUAAUUUUUGUUACCAUGAGCGCCUCUCGAUAGCUGGCAACUGUCGAGUUUGCUUAGUGGAAGUAGAGGGUUGGAAUAAACCCCAAAUUUCUUGUGCUAUGCCAGUAGGGAAGGGCAUGAGAAUACGUACAAAUUCACCAGAAACACUUCGAGCUCAAGAAGGAGUUCUAGAGUUUAUUCUCAUAGACCAUCCUUUGGACUGUCCCAUUUGUGACCAAGGAGGGGAAUGCGAUCUUCAAGAUUUAACAAUGAGAUUUGGUAGCGAUCGCUCAAGAUUCACAGACAUUCACUUCGAUGGUAAAAGAGCCGUCGAAGGCAAAGAGCUAAGCCCACUCAUACGUGCCGUCAUGACGCGCUGUAUUCAUUGUACCAGGUGUAUACGCUUCGCUUCUCAAGUUUGUGGAUUAGAUAUUUUAGGAACAACGGGCCGUGGCAGUGAUAUGCUAGUUGGAACAUUUGUAGAUAAAAUGUUUUUUUCGGAAAUGUCCGGCAAUAUUAUAGAUUUGUGUCCUGUAGGAGCGUUGACCUCUAUCCCCUACAUGUUCAAAGCUCGUCCCUGGGAACUAAGGAAAACCAAUUCUAUCGAUGUAACAGAUGCUACAGGCACAAAUAUUAUAAUAGACAGUAGAUACGAUCGAGUUAUACGUGUUUUGCCUCGAGAACACGAGGAAAUCAAUCAGGAGUGGCUCUCAGAUAAAGGUCGAUGGGCCAUAGAUUCACUUGAAAUGCAGAGGUUAGUGACACCUAUGAAAAAAAUAAAACAGGGUUGUUGUACAUUCGAUUGGGCCUCAGCACUUAAAGAAACAUGUCAGAUAAUUAAAGGUGUUAGUCCUGACAAAAUAUUAGCUAUCAGCGGUCCUCAUACCAAUGUGGAGACGUUGGUAGCUUGUAAGGAUUUUUUAAAUUUACUAGGAAGCGAACAUACUUACACGGAACAAGGUCUUUGUUCUUUAGGAACAGGUGCUGAUAUAAGAGCUGGCUAUUCUUUAAAUAUAAGAAUGUGCGAUGUUGCUCAAGCAGACAAAAUUUUAUUUAUCGGUACAAAUCCUCGAUUUGAGGCACCUAUUUUAAAUACUUGGAUUCGUCAAGCAUACAGAAGCAACGAGGCUGAUAUUUUUGCUAUCGGUCCAAAAUGUGACUAUAAUUACCACGUUACAUAUUUGGGCGAUACAGUUGAUGCGCUGUCACAGGCUAAAGACGCUUUAGAAUGCGCUAAGAAACCUCUAAUUUUUAUUGGAGUUGAGCAACUAAAUACUACUUAUGGUGGUAAAAUCAUAAGUGAAUUAUCUAAAUUAGCAGAGUGCAAAAAAUGUGAAGAUUGGGAAGUUUUGCACGUUAUACCAUUAGAGGCGAGUUUUAUUGGUGCACUAGAAGCAGGUUGGAAACCAGGUGCGAUAAAUAUGAUAAAGAAAUCAAGCAAUAUAGAACUCAUUAUCUCAUUAGGAGCUGAUCGAAUAUUUUACAACUGGCAGCAGUCAAGUGGCACUAAAUUAAAAAUUAUUUACAUUGGAUUCCAAGGCGAUAGGGGUUCAGAAGUUGCGAAUUUGAUUCUACCCGGGAGUGCUUACACGGAAUCGGGUGGAUUAUACCUAAAUAUGGAGUGUAGAUCACAGUUCGCGUUGCCGGCUGUCACGCCGCCGGGGAAAGCGCGUCACGAUUGGAAAAUAAUACGUGCUAUAGCAGAGUGCUGUGGAGUUAACUUACCUUAUAGCGAUCAUAAUAGUUUGUGCUGCAGGCUCGCAGAGAUCAGUCCUCUUUUCACUUAUUUGGGAAAUUAUGAACCAAAAUUAUUUUCGAAUCUAGCUUGGUCUAUGGUAACAGGUGGCGAUGACGUUGACAAUUGCCAAGUGCAGGUGGAGAUGACUAAAAUAGCCGAUUAUUAUUGUUCAGAUAUUUUUACUUAUAAUUCACCCACAAUGGUGAUGACUAAAAAGGCGGCCAAAGAAUUUGCAAACUCAUGCUAUUCAUCGUUAUAG